AUGCCUGGACGUCUUGCGGGCAAGAAUGCCAUCAUCACCGGCGCUGCUGGAGGCAUCGGCCUAGAAACCAGCAUCCUCUUCGCCAAAGAGGGCGCCAACGUGCUCAUGGCCGACAUCUCUGCUGAAGCCGUCCACCGCGCCGAAGCCAAAGUCAAGCAGCUGGUGCCCAGCGCAUCGCGAGUUGAGUCCAUUGUCUGCGACGUCUCCAAAGAAUCCGACGUGCAAAAAAUGGUCGAAGCCCUCGACCCCUGGGGCGGCCUGGAUAUCAUAUUCAACAACGCGGGCAUCAUGCACGCGCGCGACGACGACGCCGUCGCCACGCCCGAAGCCAUCUGGGACCUGACGCACAACAUCAACGUCAAGGGUGUCUGGUUCGGGUGCAAGCACGCGGUGCUGUCUCUGCGCAAGCACCACAAGACCAAGGGGUCGAUCAUCAACACGGCCAGCGUGGUGGCUUUGGUCGGGUCCGCAACGCCGCAGCUGGCUUACACGGCCUCCAAGGGCGCGGUGCUGGCCAUGACGAGGGAGCUGGCCAUGGUGCAUGCGCGCGAGGGGUUCAGGUUUAACUCCCUCUGUCCGGCGCCCCUGAAUACCCCGCUACUGCAGGAUUGGUUGGGCGAUGAUAAGGCCAAGAGAAUGAGGAGGGAGAUCCAUUUCCCCAGCGGAAGGUUUGGGGAGGCGGUGGAGCAGGCGCAGGCGGUCGUGUUUCUGGCGAGCGAUGAGGCGAGCUUUGUUAAUGGGCAUGAUAUGGUGGUUGAUGGAGGCAUGACCAAGGCGUAUGUCACACCGGAGGGACCGGCGACGGCGGCGCCGGUUAAUAAUGCGCUGAAGGAGACGUUGGAGGAGUAG